AUGGAGGCGCUGAGCGGGCGGGUGGGAGUGAAGUGCGGGCGGUGGAACCCGACGGCGGAGCAGGUGAAGGUGCUGACGGAGCUGUUCCGGGCGGGGCUGCGGACGCCGAGCACGGAGCAGAUCCAGCGGAUCUCCACCCACCUCAGCGCCUUCGGCAAGGUGGAGAGCAAGAACGUCUUCUACUGGUUCCAGAACCACAAGGCCCGCGAGCGCCACCACCACAAGAAGCGCCGCCGCGUCGCCUCCUGCUCCCCCGACAGCAGCAGCAACGAGGAAGAGACCGGCCGUGCUGCUGGCCGCGACGCCGAGCCCGCCGACCUCGUGCUCCAGCCACCCGAGAGCAAGCGUGAGGCCAGAGGCUACAACCACCACCCCCGGAUCAUGACAUGCUAUGUGAGGGAGGUGGCGGAGCAGGAGGAGGCGACGACGUGGGAGCGGCCGACGAGGGAGGUGGAGACGCUGGAGCUGUUCCCGCUCAAAGCAGCCUGCUACGACCUGGAGCUGGAGGCGGACAGGUUCAGCCGAUACGUGAGGGGCGGCGAGCAGCAGUGCAGGGAGAUCUCCUUCUUCGACGUGGCCACCGGACGGGAUCCGCCCCUGGAGCUCAGGCUCUGCAGCUUCGAUCGGUGGCAGACUGCGAGUUUGGUAGCGGCGGAUGCGGCGGGCUUCGGGAGUGCCAAUGAUAGGGGAGAGGAGGAGUGA